GAAUGUCACAUAAUUCGAAUACCAAAAGCGGAGAUCUCACGAAAAGAGAACGACAGAGCAACCUUUCACAAAUAAAAGCUGCUGAGAGUGUGGUUACAGCCUACAGGUCAGUAGAAGAUAAUAAAAGGCAGAAGUAGGUAAGUUGAAGAAGCAAAAAUAAUGGACCCUACCUCCGCAUCAGCCGCCGCUAGUGGUCGCGCCGAGCCUUACUCUGGGGGCCACGCGAUCCACACCAACGACCCAGAGCCAUCAAGUCAGGAGCCACUACACGCAGAUCCCGCAAAGGGAACAAGAUCUCCUUCAGUGGUUCCUGGUGCUAGAUUGUACGAACGUUUCGUCUCUCCUGGCACCGAUCCUCUAUGGAUCCGAAUUACGUUUUUCUCGCUGCUCAUCGUCGCUGGUACCUGUUACGCGUACGACUGUUACUUGUCUGGCAGCAUAUGUCCUCACAGAACGCAGCUACAGAAGAAAAGGGAAAGGGUUCCCAGGAUAGUGCGGAUGCAACAAGUUGCAGAUGCCAUGGAAGCGAGAAAGGAGAAAGCAAACGCCAUCGCGAGAGCAAGAGUAGCACUGAUCGAAGAUGUGGCUUCUUGGGAUGGUGGAGCAACAGGAGCAUCAACUUCAACCGAUGCAAAAGAAGGUAAUGCAGCAGCAGAGAGACUCGAACCAAAGAAAGAGAAGUAGUACAGUAACCGUUUUCCCGUCUCCAGAUUCGUUUGUCCGAUUCCUUUGUCCGAGAGACGACAUUUGUGCUAAGCAACGAGCUGCUGCAUUCAAUUUCCUGGAAAAAAAAUCGAUUUCCUUCGAGUGGCG